CUCAUGCAUCUGACUCCACAGUUACUAUGCGUUGCACGUAUCAAACUGCAAAAAGCGGGCAGAUGACGGUGUGGUAAUGUCGAAUCCCUGAUCAGACAGCUCCGUAUUGUACCGGUAUAACAUACCCGCUCAUGCACGGAGCACAGGGCACAGAAACGCCACCAUUUCUCCACACCCUCAGUGUGUUUGGAUUCGUCCCUCAUUCAACCAAUCCUCUCCAUCCGGAGGAGUUCCCGAUUAGAAACACCGCUCUGCAAACCUACCGACGGAAACAUUCCCCAGCAAGCGGUCCAAUCUCCCGCGGUACGCCGGGCUUCAUUUUCUGCCUGCACCCGACUGUCAUCGUCUCGCCUUUACACCGAAGGUUCUGAUUUUCUAGGCACGAACAUGACACGGACCAUCAACGGACACAAAUAGCCAUCAAGCUGUCGCUGUCAUCGCCCUGUGUGGAAAGAUGUCCAGUAUAAUACAUGCAGCGUCAACCGUCAAAUGGAAUCACCAAACUGCGGCGAAGCGGGCAGCGUGUCUUGUGGCCGCUGCCUAUGGGGUGAAAACGCUGUAUCCCAUCAUCUGUCGACAGGUGAAAAAGCGCAAAGGCUGCAGGAAGACCCCAUCCGCUGCGGGAGCGGAGGAAAACGGGGUAAUACGGCGGCCAGCAGCCCAGGCGGCACCGGGCAAAACGUCCCCCGCGGUAAACGCAGAAUUUUUCAAUCAGAUUUUAGAACUCGCAAAAAUACUUUUCCCAAAGCUCAUAACCAAAGAGCUUGGACUGCUGUGUCUUCAUUCGGUCGCGUUGAUUUCCAGGACAUUUCUGUCUAUUUAUGUGGCAGGGCUGGACGGCAAGAUUGUAAAGACCAUCGUGGAGAAGCAACCGCGGAGCUUCGUCUUCAAGCUGAUGAAAUGGCUCCUGAUCGCCAUCCCGGCCACUUUCGUCAACAGCGCGAUCCGCUUUCUGGAGUGCAAGCUCGCGCUGGCCUUCCGCACGCGCCUGGUGGACCACGCGUACCGAACCUAUUUCACGGACCAGACUUACUAUAAGGUCAGCAAUAUGGACGGGCGGCUGGCGAACCCGGACCAGUCCCUCACCGAGGACAUAAUGAUGUUCUCGCAGUCCGUGGCCCAUUUGUACUCGAACCUCACUAAACCCAUCCUUGACGUGAUGCUGACCUCCUACACGCUGAUACAGACGGCGAGGUCCCGGGGCGCUAACGCCAGCGGACCGACCCUGCUGGCGGGGCUGGUGGUUUUCGCCACCGCCAAAGUCCUGCGGGCUUGCUCUCCGAAAUUCGGGAAACUGGUGGCGGAGGAGGCGCAUAGGAAAGGAUACCUGCGUUACGUGCAUUCACGGAUCAUUGCCAAUGCCGAAGAGAUAGCAUUUUACAGGGGCCACAAGGUGGAGAUGCGGCGGCUACAGAAGUGCUACGGUGCGCUGGCGGAGCAGAUGCGCCUCAUCCUGUCCAAGCGCCUGUGGUACGUCAUGCUCGAGCAGUUCCUCAUGAAGUACGUGUGGAGCGGGAGUGGCCUCGUCAUGGUGGCCGUGCCGAUCAUCACCGCCACUGGCUUCGCUGACAAUGAGCUGGCGGACGGACAGACGCAGGUGCUGGUGAGCGAGAGGACGGAGGCCUUCACCACAGCUCGAAACCUGCUGGCCUCCGGGGCCGACGCCAUCGAGAGGAUCAUGUCCUCCUACAAAGAGGUCACUGAGCUGGCGGGGUACACAGCGCGGGUGCACAACAUGCUCCGGGUCUUUGACGAAGUGCAGAGAGGGGUGUACAAGCGCUCAACGGUAUCCCAGAAUCCCGCUGAAGAGAAUAAGGGCGGGGCCAGGCCCGAGAUGCACAUCGACGGGCCGCUGGAGAUCAGAGGGAAGGUCAUUGAUGUGGAGAAGGGCAUAGUGUGUGAGCAGGUGCCCAUAAUAACUCCAAAUGGGGAUGUUGUCGUGUCCGGCCUGAAUUUUAAGGUGGAGGAGGGGGUGCACCUCUUGAUCACUGGCCCUAACGGCUGUGGGAAAAGCUCCCUGUUCCGCAUCCUCAGCGGCCUGUGGCCUGUGUACGGGGGCCAGCUGCUCAAACCCCCCCCACAGCAUAUGUUCUACAUCCCACAGAGGCCCUACAUGUCCAUCGGGACGCUGAGAGACCAGGUGAUCUACCCCGACUCGGAGGAGGACAUGAGGCAGAAGGGCUACAGCGACCGCCACCUGGAGCACAUCCUCAGCAUCGUCAGCCUCAACCACAUCGUAACCCGAGAAGGAGGCUGGGAUGCAGAGACUGACUGGAAGGAUGUUCUGUCGGGGGGGGAGAAGCAGAGGAUGGGGAUGGCUCGUAUGUUUUACCACAGGCCAAAGUAUGCUCUCCUGGACGAGUGCACGAGCGCUGUGAGCAUCGACGUGGAGGGGAAGAUAUUCCAAGCUGCAAAGGAUGCUGGGAUUUCUCUGCUGUCAAUAACCCAUAGGCCUUCUCUGUGGUGAGUGAAGGGGUGCUGCUGAUGACCCUGUAACACUGCACACAAACAAUCCAAUCACAGCUAAGAGUAUCCCAAUACUGCACACAAACAAUCCAAUCACAGCCAAGAGUAUUCAAAUACUGCACACAAACAAUCCA